AUGGUUGCGUCAGAUGAACUUUUGCCGGCUGCCGUGCUUCGGCAGAUAGGGGACAAGCUCUACGAAAAGCGAAAGGUUGCAGCAUUGGAUGUGGAGCAGCUCAUCAAGCGGCUGGCUUCGCAUAAUGACCAGCACCGUAUUCGUCUCAUUAUUGAUAAACUUAUUACUGAGUAUGCAUUUUCCAGCCAGGCGAAUCACCGAAAGGGCGCACUUCUGUGCCUGGCCGCCUCCGCCGUGGGUCUGGGUGACCCCAACGAGGUGCACCUGCGGCAGAUAGUGCCCCCCGUGCUGGCCUCCUUCACCGACCAGGAUGCACGAGUACGGUACUACGCCUGUGAGGCGCUGUACAACAUCGCCAAGGCAAGUGCCACCUUCAUUCUGUUCUUCAAUGAGGUGUUCGAUGCCAUGUUCAGGUUGUGUGCCGACAGCGAGGCCAACGUUCAGAACGCGGUUCAGUUCCUUGACGCGCUCAUCAAGGACAUCGCCGCCGACUGCACCAACUUCGAUGUGGCGGCCUUCAUCCCCAAGCUGCGCGACUACCUGCGCGUCACCAACCCGCACAAGCGCCAGUUCCUGCUGUCCUGGGUGGUGGUGCUGGACUCGCUGCCCCACGUCAAGAUGCUGAGGCACCUGCCCGCCCUCAUGGACGGAUUGCUGUCCAUGCUGGCCGAGCCGGUGAGGGAGGUGCGGACGCAGGUGGCCAACUGCCUCAAGGACUUUCUAACUGAGGUGCGGUCCGCUCCCGAGUCGGAGCUCACUGCGGAGUUCUUCUCCCGCCUCACCGCCACAGUGGUGGACCGGGCGGGGUCCCCGGACGACCUCACCCGCCUCACCGCAAUACACUGGCUGAAGACAUUUGUGGAGCUGGCCCCCGACCGAAUUCUGGCGCACGUGCCCGCCAUUCUCGGUGUCGUACUGUACAACAUAUCGUCCAACAACGUGGAUAUACAGAAAGAGUGUACGGAGGCCAAUGCGGCCGGGUUUUGCGGGUACCCUUCGGCGGCGGUGACGGCGGCAGUGGCAGCUGGGGGGUUGGAUAUGGCUGCCAUUUUGGGGACGGUGAUUGUGGAGAUGCGGAGCGAAAUGGAGGCUACCAGGCUGGAAGCUCUCCGCUGGCUGCACUUUCUGUUGGCCCGAGCUCAGGAGCUUGUGCUGGAGCAGGUCGGUCGUCUGCUGCCCCCCCUGCUGGACUCCCUGUCCGCCCCAUCGGAUGCGGUGGUGACGUCGGCACUGGGGGUGCUGGCAGCAGUGGCGGACUGCCCGGGACAGUUCAGCUCCGUGUUGGUGGCCUUCCUGGACCGGUUCCGCGGCGAGGCUGGGUUCGCUCUGCUGCAGCGGUCGGGCUCCUCCCUGGUGCGGCGGCUGUGCUCGCACCUCGGGGCGGCGGCGGUGCUGCCGGAGCUGGGGGCCAUACUGCAGAGGGACACGGACAUGGGCUUCGCGGCCACCAUGGUGUCGGUACUGAACCUUAUCUUGUUGACGGGACCCGAGCUAGCCGAGCUCCGAGACCAGCUACGGCGCGCGGCAGUGGACCCCGCGGGGGCCAAAUUAUUCAGUGUGUUGUACCCGUCUUGGUGCUACAGCGCGGGGGCGUUGCUUAGUUUGUGUUUCGUGGCCCAGGCGUACGACCAUGCAGUGGAGAUCGUACACGCAUUUGCGGAUCUGCCAUUCGGGGCGGAGUUACUUGUGCAGAUCGACCGGCUGGUGGCGCUGUUGGAGACCCCCUGCUUCACCUUUCUACGGCUACAGCUGCUGGAGCCCCAGAGGUACCCCUCCCUGCUGAGGGCGCUGUAUGGCUUGCUGAUGCUACUGCCCCAGUGCAACGCCUUCCGCAUGCUCAACACGCGCCUGCAGGUGGGACCGUGUGAUUGUGAGUGA